UAAUGAGAACAGUUUUAUUGGUGGUUUUACUCUUAAGUGUUGCCUCUGCUGCUACAUUCAAGAAUAAAUUAGAUUACUCUAAAAAGAGAUCCAUAACAUCAGUAAUGGCUGAAGUGGAAGCUAAGAUUUCAACAAAAGCUCCAUUAGAUGCCAUUUUGAAUGUUUUGAGAGAUUUUAGGGAUUCAGUAAAUUUCGAAUAAGUGAAUCAUGAUGAGAUAUAUUAAAUUUAAGUUAGAGAAUGUGAAUCUGAAGAUGAAUUCAGAAGUAAGGAAGUUUAAGAUGCUAAAAACAUCCUUAGAGAUUCUAGUGCUUAAUUAAAUGUAUGUUAAACAUCAAAAAUCAGAGCCACCAAUUAAUAAGAAGUCAAUUAACAUUAAACAUUCACAGCAGAGAAACAUUUGAAUAUGGUAUUGACAGCUGCUGAAUAAGAAGCAAGCUAUUUUAAGAAGAGAGGAAGAGAUUAUGAAGAUGCUCUUCAUGCUAUUGAUGAAGCAUCAGAUAUUUUGGCUGCUAUCUAUAGUGGAUCAGGAAGUUUUGCUUAAAUCAGUAGAGUUUCAAAAGUUAUGCUUUAAACAUCCUUCAGUAUUAAGGAAACUGCUAGAUUUGCUCCAAUCCUUUAUGCUUUUUCUUAAUUAGCUUCAUCAAAAGAUUUUGAUGAGACUUCCCUUGAGAGAGUUGCUUAAUUAUUAGAUACUUUGAAAUAAAAUAUUCAUGAGGCCUACAAUGAUUAUGCUGAAUCAAAUGCUUAAUCUAUUGCUGCCUUCAAUGAAUAGAAGGAAAGAAUUGGAUAAACUCUUGAAAGACUUACUGCUUAAGCUGAAAGAUUAUCAAAUAAAUUAGAUCAUUUAGUUUAAUGUAUUGGAACUAAUUCUGCUAUUGCUUAGACUGCUUCAGGAAAACUAUAAAGAAAUCAAUAACUUUGGGAUUAAGCAACUGCAUUAUGUGCUACAUUUUAAAAUGAAUAUAACUUUGCCACUUAAGCUAGAAGAAACGAACUUUAAUUGGUCAGUUAAUUGGAAGAUAUGGUUGAAGAUAGAUUUAAUUAAGUAGAAGAUGAGAAUCAUGAAAGAAAACUUAGAUUAAGUUAAAAUUGAU